AAAACCUUGCAAACCAUUGAAACUUGAAAGAAGAGCAAACUCUUAUUUAUAAAUUCAAGAGAAAAGCAAGAUGAGCAUCAGCAACAACAACAAAGAGAUAAGCAAUGGCAAUGCUAGUACUAGUAGUACCAAGCAGCUACUUCGCCUUGCUGGAGUAUUAGUGCUGGGUAUAAUAGCUAUAGUCUCCAGUGGGCUCUAUAUCAGAAGUUCUAGUUCUUCUUCUAGUGCUUCUACUAGUACUAGUGCCGUGGGAAUGCCAAUCAUUCAAGGGGAUGUUCAGACCAAGCAACCACAAGUUCAACCACAAGAUAAACAAGUAAAAAAAGAAAAAUCAGUAAAAGCAAGAGAAAAGAAGAAUAGGCAAAAAGACAAAAAGUUGCAAAAUCAAGAAAAGACAAAGACAAAGACAAAGGAAAAGGCAAAACCAGAACAAGAAGACAGAUGGGCCCAGCAAAGACAGAAUGGAUGGAAACAACGAGACCCUUAUAUUCAAAAAGAAGGAGAGAUAAUCCCACCAACUACUUUCAGUAAAAAGCAAGAACUGAAAGUUCCAUUUCCCAUUUUUGUUCUGAAUCUACCCAAAUCCGGAACUACCACGCUUUGGCAGUACUUUGAAUGUGGACUCGGUCCUGAUCGGGCCGUCCAUUGGUGGACCAAGGGAAAAAAUAUUGGACCUUGUGUGCAUUACAACAUUCAGCAACAAAAUAAUCAACUGCCCUUGCAUCGCUGUGGAAAUUUUGAUGUUUGGCUCGAUUUUGGGUAUACCACUCCCACCGAAUGCUUCUUUCCUGCCGUGCAGGGAUUGAAACCACUCUACCAGAGCUAUCCCAAUGCUACCUUUUUGCUCAUUCGAAGAGAAACAGACUCGUGGUACAAUAGUGCCAAAAAGUGGGGCAAUGCUAAGAAAUGGGGCAAAAUGUUUGAUCGAUGGAAACAAACGUGUCGAAACGAUUUCUUUCCCAACAAGGAUGUCAAUGCCACCAUUCAAACAGAAGACUUUCGACAGUUUUACGAUGAUACGACACAACGAAUUCGACAAUUUGCAAAGAAGCAUCCCGGAAUGAGAUAUCUAGAACCCAAAAACUUGACGUUGUCAUCGCCAGAACUGGGAGACUGGUUGCAAGAGAAUAUUGGCAUCGAAUCAUCCUGUUGGGGGAAAUGCAAACCGGAUGGGUUGGGUGCCAAAUGCAGUAACUAGCUAGCAGCUAGCUACGUACUAGUAGCAUGUUGUCAUCACACUUCGACUGCAUGAAAUUGGCAACCAAUUGACGCACUGCUGAUCAAGGUUUCGUCCGUCUGGCAAUGGCGUCAAAACGAUUUUUCCCAUCAAGGUUACGUAUCGGUACGUUGAAGACCUACUACUACCGGUAGCUCGGGUAUAAGAACUAUACCGUACCGUGCAUGCACGGGGGUUCCUGAGAUAGGCUUUGAUCCCAGCCGCUUCGUUCCGCCAUACCCGUACGUCGUCGCCGACCUUUUCGGGUACAUGUACCAUUGCUGGAGUGUGGCUCAAUUUGAAAACUAGCUUUUCGAUUCUCAAUAUUCGGCUCUUCAUUCUCUCGGUAUUAUCGACAAAGCCUUCAUCCUUUGCCACACUAUUGUUGUGAGGUCGUAAUGGGACAGAACGUGUCAAGGGAUGUUUCACGUUCUUUCCAUUGAGCGUGCUUUCAAGGACGUGGUCGGUUGUCCCUGCUGCUUCCGGUACCUCCGACCGCAUCACAAACAAAACGAUCGAGUAGUCGACUGGAAAUAUGUACAGUAAAUGAUACAACUUUCUAAUUUAGAAUAGAAAUACAAGGGGACUUGUGGUCCCUGCUACCGGCACUGACGUUGCCCGGCCAUGGAAUCAUCAUCUGUUCGCCCCCUACGACGAUGACCCCCUUGACCGAUGGAUCUCUUCUGAAAACGUCCCUGGCCGCCCCUAGUUUGUGCCCGGCCAUCACGAAACG